GCUUCAGUGACCAUCUGAUAUGCAUUUCAAAACCUCGUCAUACCGCGGCACUCCAGAUCGCAGAUCCACACCUCUCUCUCUCUCUCUCUCUCUCUAAAACAUUUCUCUCUCCUCAACACGGCGGCGAUGGUACCUCCACCGGCGGUCCACGGCGGCUCACCGCCGAACUCCCAGUACAUCCAACAGUUCCUGAGCAGCGUCCUCUCCCAACGCGGUCCAUCUGCUCUCCCCUACACCGAAGACGUAAAAUGGUUGAUCCGCCAACACCUGGUCUCUCUCUCCGAAUCCUACCCUAGCCUCCAACCCAAAACCGCCACCUACACCCACAACGAUGGCCGCACCGUCAACCUCCUUCAGGCCGACGGCACCAUCCCCAUGCUCUUCCAUGGCGUCACCUACAACAUCCCCGUCGCUCUCUGGCUCAUGGAGUCCUAUCCUCGCCACCCUCCUCUCGUCUAUGUCAACCCUACCCGCGACAUGAUCAUCAAGCGUCCUCACCCUUUCGUCAACCCUUCUGGCCUCGUUUCAACCCCUUAUCUUCAAAAUUGGGUUUACCCUAGCUCCAAUUUGCUCGAUUUGGCUCGCGAUUUGAGCCAUUACUUCGGCCGCGAUCCCCCUCUCUAUUCUCAGCGCCGCCCCAGCCCUAACCCUAGCCCUAAUUCUAAUUUCACCCCACCGGGAACUGGGUCGGUGGCGAUUUCUCGGCCCGCGAUCCCGCCCCGAUCCUAUCCUCAGUCUCCCUAUGGCGGCGGAAGUGGCGGCAGUGGGAGGAUUCCUCCGCCUUCGCCGCAGAGGCCGGGUGUGGGGACUGAUGAUCCAACCGAGGUUUUUAAGCGGAAUGCUGUGAAUAAGAUCGUGGAGAGUUGCCAUUCAGAUAUCGGGGCUUUGAGGAAGAGGAGGGAGGAGGAGAUGGAGGGGUGGUUUAGUGCUCAGGCGGUGUUGAGGCAGAGGGAGGAACAGCUUGGGAGAGGGGUGAGAGAGAUGCAAGAUGAGAAGGAAGGGUUGGAGCAGCAAUUGCAGAUGGUUUUGAUGAAUACUGAUGUUUUGGAGGGGUGGUUGAGGGAGAAUGAGGAGAAGCUGUUGAAUUCGAGGAAUGUCGACAUUGACGAUGCGUUUCAGCCUUGUGAUGUUCUUUCUAAACAGAUGAUUGAGUGUACUGCUUCGGAUUUGGCUAUUGAGGAUGUCAUUUAUGCUUUGGAUAAGGCGGUUCAAGAAGGGUCAAUCCCGUUUGAUCAGUACUUGAGAAAUGUGAGGUCUUUGUCUCGUGAGCAGUUUUUUCAUAGGGCAACUACCUCUAAAGUUAGGGCUGCUCAGAUGCAAGCUCAGGUUAAUAGUAUGGCUGCUAGGGCAUCGCAAUAUGCAGUGUGAAAAUUCGUCUCCUCGGGUAUGCCAUAGGGUUCAUUGCACGGGACUUCAGGCCAAGUUUCUGCGGUUCAGGUCGAGCAUGAUAAUAUUGAAUAAUAUCCAAGUUGCAGAAUUUGUCAAGAUUUUGUUCGUAGUUCAUGUUAUAUUUUAUAUACAUGACUUUGUACUGGCAGUUGUGAUUAAAACAAUAGUAACUUAUCACCACAUUAUUAUAUUAUAUUACUUUGUUGAUCAUA